UUCAUAAAAGCAAUUUUUGCACACAACAACACAUACCAAACCACAUUUAAUUCUAAAAAGCCGAAAGGAGCGCAACCAAAACGUAAAUUUAAUUAAAAAACAAGGAAAAUAAUUGUGUAAAUAAGAAGUGAAAUAAUAAAUUGAAAAUAAAAACAAAAAAGAAAAAUGUUUGAAGCACGUUUAAUCAAUGCCACCAUACUCAAGAAAAUCUUGGAUGCCAUCAAAGAUUUACUAAAUGAAGGCACCUUUGAUUGCAGUGAUUCUGGUAUACAGCUGCAAGCCAUGGAUAAUUCUCACGUUUCCUUGGUUUCUCUGACCCUACGCUCUGAUGGCUUUGAUAAAUUCCGCUGUGAUCGCAACAUUUCCAUGGGCAUGAACUUGGGCAGCAUGGCCAAGAUUUUGAAGUGUGCCAAUAAUGAUGACACUGUUACGGUAAAGGCCCAAGAUAAUGCGGACACUGUUACCUUUAUGUUUGAGUCACCCAAUCAUGAGAAAGUCUCCGACUACGAAAUGAAACUUAUGAAUCUCGAUCAGGAACAUUUGGGUAUACCCGAAACAGAUUAUUCCUGUGUGGUGCGUAUGCCUUCGAUGGAAUUUGCCCGCAUCUGCCGUGAUUUGGCGCAAUUCAGUGAAUCCAUGUUGAUUUGCUGCACCAAGGAGGGUGUUAAAUUCUCUGCUUCCGGUGAUGUGGGUUCGGCCAAUGUUAAAUUGGCUCAAACCUCCAGUGUGGACAAGGAAGAAGAGGCCGUGGUUAUUGAAAUGCAAGAGCCAGUCACUCUUACAUUUGCCUGUCGUUACCUGAAUGCUUUCACCAAGGCUAGUCCCCUGUCGGGACAAGUACAGUUGUCGAUGUCGGCAGAUGUGCCGUUGGUGGUUGAAUAUCGCAUACAAGAAUUGGGCUACAUACGUUACUAUUUGGCGCCUAAAAUCGAAGACGAUGAGAGCUAAACUACUGGUAGUUUAUGGUAUAUACGCUCUGUUAAGCUUAAAGAUUUAGUUGUAUACAAAUGUCUUCAUAAAUGCUUGAUACAUCCUUCCUCUUUAAUACACACAUAAAUAUUCUUGUUACUUUAGGUAUUACACAAACAAGUUCUACAAAAUAGCAUGGAAGAUAUUCAUCUUUAUUAUAUUAAAAAUAACAUUCUUUAGUAAUUUUAAGUUGGAAAACUAUUGCAGUUUUUUUUUAUUUGCACAAUUAUUAUUUUCAUAACUUGUUUAUAAAUCUCCUCCGGAAAAGGGAAGACAUUUUUUUUAUAAAAAUAAACUAUAUUCUAAAUUGUUUAAAAAGAA